AUGAAACCACAAAUAACCAGCUGGGAUGAUCUCACUGAAGUAUGGGAGCAAAGCGAUGAUGAAAUGGGGAAAAUCCAGCGAACAUCUUUCGCCUUGUUCGACAGCAAUGAAAGCUUCCACUACGGCAUGCUGGAAAUCCCCAAAGCCAAUAUUACUUUUGACCAGGUCAUCGACACCCUCAAGAGUGUUCCAGAUGAAGAAAUAUUCACCCCGUGGCUGGAUCCCGGGGUCGAGUUGAUGCAAGCCCCAGCGACACUUACCGAGGAUUUCUACGUCAAGCGACCAGAUCCACAGAUGUAUGAAGUGAUGAAGGAACACAAUGCAUUAUCCCAGCUCUCAGCAGGCUUGCUAGCAGAGGCUGAAGUUCUAGAGUCCCUAUCCCAACACCCGCACCCGAAUAUAACCCGCUACUAUGGCUGUCGGGUUCUCCGUGGGUACUUUAUCGGAAUUGUCAUCGACAAGCAUCCACACGAUCUGUACACUUAUCUCAAGCACAGAGUUGGGACAAUUGAUAAACGGCCUUUCAUUGCUGCCCUCAACUCAUCUCUCCGCCAUCUUCAUACACUUGGAUUGGCCCAUAAUGACCUGACUCCCUACAACAUUUUAGUUAGCAUAGAAGGCAUGCCUAUUUUGAUUGAUUUUGCCGGAUGUCAGCCUAUUGGAACCUAUUUGAAGCAUAUUAGAGGGACCCGUGGGUGGAUAGAUGGAGAAAUCAAGGACCACAAUACAUCGAAAAAGGAGCAUGAUGUUUCUGCUUUAGCUAAGAUCAGUGCGUGGUUGGACCAGCCAGUAUUUGAUCAAUGA